CAACGGUUCGGCGGCGGUAGAGACUGCGGUUCAUACGCAGGCGUACUACAGGCAUCACUUUCCGCUACCAUCAUGUCGAUUUUCACGCCUACCAACCAAAUCCGCCUCACAAAUGUGGCCGUGGUGCGGAUUCGACGGGCGGGGAAGCGUUUUGAGAUCGCCUGUUACCGGAAUAAGGUCAUGGGCUGGCGGACCGGCGCUGAAAAGGACCUGGGUGAAGUCCUGCAGACCCAAACUGUGUUUGUGAAUGUCUCCAAAGGCCAGGUGGCAAAGAAGGAGGACCUUGUCAAAGCAUUUGGUACAGAUGAUCAGACAGAAAUAUGCAAGACUAUCUUAUCGAAAGGGGAGUUGCAGGUAUCCGAUAAAGAGCGGCACACACAACUGGAGCAGAUGUUUCGUGACAUUGCAACAAUCGUUGCUGACAAGUGUGUGAACCCAGAAACAAAAAGGCCCUACACAGUCAUCCUGAUUGAAAGAGCCAUGAAGGACAUCCACUACUCAAUCAAGCCAGGAAAAAGCACUAAGCAGCAGGCCUUGGAGGUGAUCAAGCAGCUGAAGGAGACCAUGCAGAUCGAGCGGGCUCACAUGAGGCUGCGCUUUCUCCUCCCUUCGAAGGAAGGCAAGAGACUGAAAGAGAAGCUGAAGCCACUCAUCAAAGUCAUUGAGAGUGAAGAUUUUGACGAACAGCUUGAAAUUGUGUGCCUCGUGGACCCAGGCUGCUUCCGGGAGAUCGACGAACUGAUCCGGUGUGAAACCAGAGGGAAAGGGAGCCUGGAAGUGCUCAGUCUGAAGGAUGUGGAAGAAGGGGAUGAAAGACUGGAGUAGCAUCCGGCUGCUCCCAGUGAGCACUGUAUUAAAGGCUACCCCGAUCCUCCUCGUUGUGGGUUUAACUUUUUGCAGUUUUCCAAUCCCAGUUAAAGUUUGAUUUGGGCUUCUCCCCCCCCCCACCCCCACCCCAUAGCCUCUGAUUUAUCAGGGUGGGGGUGUGUGGUGCCAGUUUGAACACAGCUAUCCCUUGCUUAACGCUAAAGAGGAAAAGAACUAGACAGCUGGUUUAAUUAUGCCGGGGCUGCGGAUCUUUCUUCAAGGACUAAGCUACAGUGAGUGAAGUGUGCCCUGAGUGCCAAAUUGCCCUUCCUCUCAGCUGAGAGGGGCAGCAACUCCUUGUGGUGGGACCACCUCUAAGAGAAAAAGCUGAGGGCAGCCCUUUAAAAUAAGCAACAAGAUUUAAAUGGGAGCACAGACUUUCCGGGAGGUGACUUUGCAGAAGCCCUGCCUUGUGUUCCCGAAGAUGACAGCCCCUGUGCAAGCCACCUUCUGCGCAAGGCUGUUCCGUGAAGGGAAAUACUUUGUUCUUACGAGCGUAGCCCUUCUCAGAGAAGAGCACGGAGAAUGUCUUGCACACUACGGAACCUCUGGAUUGGGGGUUUAGGGAGAGCUGUUUGCUCAUCUUUCUGUAGAUAGCUUUGGAAAGUUCAGGAGCUUGGUCUUCAGAGACCGGCACAGGACUAGAGCUCGAUAAACAGAAUACCCUUCUUCAUUCCAGAGGAGCCAUAACAAAGCACUGAUAGGACUCAAACACUGAUGACUGAGAGUUGUCCAGAUAAUUUAUUUUUCUUGUGGCAAGCGGGAUAUUUACAGUAAUAUAAAAGUCAGUAUAUAUUAGCUACGUGGCCUUUUGAUCUAACUAAGGACUCCGUCAAUGCUCUAAUAAACUCCCAGGCUGCUUUGGGUUGUUUUCUUGGUUUUAACAAUUUAUGAUUUGAGGGACAAACCAAAUAAAUAAAGACACUGAGUGGAAGGCACUAUAACAUGAUAAUAAAGUCACUGAGUGGAAAAACUCUGGGAGUGUUGAUUCCCUCUGGAUUAAAAAAAGUUCUGUUACAUCAAGAUGCAAAAACAUUUCUUGACUGAACAUUUAACUUGCUCAUUCCCUUGAACAAGAACUUCUGACUAAGAUGCCUCUUACCUACUAUUGGAAGCUACUAUAGAGAACUAUACAGUGCUAACCAAUAAUAUAUUUUCUCCCCUAGGGGUGUUCUGGUACAGUGUGAUGAUGAAUGGGCUGGACACCUCCCC